AUUGUAUCUUGUUCUUUUUAUAUUUUUAAACCUCUGAGGAAGAUCCACACACACACACACUUCUUUUUAAUUUUAUUGUUCACUUUAAGAUCAGGACGUCAAUCAACUUCAAUGGCCGACCGUCCACAACAGCUCCAAUCCCACCCGCAACGCCACUAUAACGGUGGUCCAAAGUCCCAAGGAGGCCCAUCGGCGGCAAAAAUCAUAGCAGUCCUUGGUGGCCUACCCGUGGGCGGCACUUUGCUUGCACUUGCAUGUUUGACGCUCAUCGGCAGUGUCAUUGGGCUUGCUAUCACCAUCCCACUUUUUAUCAUCUGCAGCCCUGUGCUUGUUCCGGCCGCCAUUGUUAUGGGCCUCGCUAUCGCUGGGUUUUUGAGCUCGGGAGCUUUGGGGUUGACAGGGCUAGCAUCGCUAUCCCGGGUCUUCAAUUACGUCCGACAGGCCAUCCGAUCCCUCCCGCAGGAGAUGGACCAGGCAAAGAGGCGCAUGCAAGACAAGACAGGCAAAGAGGCCCAAGAGGGGAGGAGGGCGUGAAAGGCAGGCUAGAGGUUUCAACUUUGAAGGCCUAUCCCUCCGGCGAAAAUCAAAUAAAAAUAAAAAUAAAAAAUAAAAAAUAAAAUAAAAAAGAGGGCUGAGGUGGGAGUAAUGUACCUUCGGAGCGUUUUCUUCCAUAACGUUGAUGUCGGGCUUUUGGGUGCACGUGUUUGUUCUUGCAACAGUAAGCGUGUUUAGAGAUAGAUGAGUUUGGCAUUGGGCUGAGGAACUCUAGAAAUUAAUGUUUUUCUAUGUAUGUUUUGCCUUGGCAGAAAAAUUAAAUUAUGUUAUUUUAAA